AAGGCCAGCGAGCUGCGGACCGAGCGUGGAGGGCGAGGCGGUGGGGCGAGGCCGCGGCGCAAAGCUGCGAGGCGGGCGAGGGGUUUCCCCAGGACUGCCUCGGGCUCGAAGAGGCGGGAUCCCGCCAGGACGGGGUCCCUGAGGGAGGAGAACGGCACACGACGACCCAGAUUCCUCUCCUGCCGGGAGAGACCUCGGACUUUCGCGAGCGGGUCGACCCCUUACCGAAAUCCCCCGAACCGCCGCCCACUCGCCCUCGGCCAUCCAGCCACCUCCUUGCUGCGGGGAGGCCGCCGUUGCACUGUCCAGGUUACUAUGGAUACCAUGGUGAAGAAGACAUGGUCCCUGUCUUGAAGAAACCCACUUUCCAGUAGAGAUAGCAGAGAGCAGAGAAGUGAUAAGAAUGCUGUAUGGUGGGUGCAGUAAUUAAGUGUCCUGGGUUUGCUGAGGAGCACAAUGGUAAGAGAACGGAGAAUAACGAACAACAUCACAGCCUCCAAGGCAGUUUCUUAUUCAUUGUGUUGUGAAUCUGCCUCCUUUUCAAUAGCAUACAUCAUUUUAAUCCACAUUAUGGCUCCUGCAUUUUUCCAGAGAGGCUGAGAAAGUGAAAGACCCAUCAUUUCUAAUUAUACAAAGUUUGAUUACUUCAGAGAACCCUUUUGGUGCCAUUUAGUUGAGGAGAAGAACCCUUUACUAUUCACAAGUAACAGUUCCUCUACUGUGAUGAAUUUGCUCAAAUCAUCUUGGAGACCACCUCAACGCAUGGAUAGCCUUGAGUCAUGGGCCUACAGGAAGAUUUUAAAGCAUUUUUACCAAAAUUAGCCCGUGGUUUCCUUCUGUCAGGAAGUCUUCCUUAAAAGAGAUGUCCCCUGAGAUUAAGAGAUCUUCGAAGUAGGAGAGCUUUCAAAGACCAGUCCUAGAUAUCAUGUUUGAGAGCCAAAAGACCCUUACCUACUUCACUGUCCUGUGGUUGAUCAAGAAAGGUGUGGAGAGUGAGAAGAGCUCCCAUCCAGAGGGAUGGCAGGGGAAAAUUUGUAGCCUGCAUAGGCUGAUGGACAUGUGCACAAGGGCAGUUCACGAGAACAUUAACCACAAGCAGCCAUAAAGACCUAUCGAGACAAAAAAAAGAGGCGACCCCCGGACCAGCGCGAGGGACCCACCCGCACGAUGACCGAGACCACCAAGACCCACGUAAUCUUGCUUGCCUGCGGCAGCUUCAAUCCCAUCACCAAAGGGCACAUUCAGAUGUUCGAAAGAGCCAGGGAUUAUCUGCACAAAACUGGAAGGUUUAUUGUGAUUGGUGGGAUUGUCUCUCCUGUCCACGACUCCUACGGAAAACAGGGCCUCGUGUCGAGCCGGCACCGCCUCAUCAUGUGUCAGCUGGCCGUGCAGAACUCCGACUGGAUCAGGGUGGACCCGUGGGAGUGCUAUCAGGACACCUGGCAGACCACGUGCAGCGUGCUGGAGCACCAUCGGGACCUCAUGAAGCGGGUGACUGGCUGUAUCCUCUCCAACGUUAACACACCUUCCAUGACGCCAGUGAUCGGACAGCCCCAAAAUGAGACCCCCCAGCCCAUUUACCAGAACAGCAACGUGUCCAGCAAACCCACUGCAGCCAAGAUCUUGGGGAAGGUGGGAGAAAGUCUAAGCCGGAUCUGCUGUGUCCGCCCACCAGUGGAGCGCUUCACCUUUGUGGAUGAGAAUGCCAAUCUGGGCACGGUGAUGCGGUACGAAGAGAUCGAGCUGCGGAUCUUGCUGCUGUGUGGCAGUGACCUGCUGGAAUCCUUCUGCAUCCCGGGGCUCUGGAACGAGGCGGAUAUGGAGGUGAUCGUUGGGGACUUCGGGAUCGUGGUGGUGCCCCGGGACGCAGCGGACACAGACCGAAUCAUGAAUCACUCCUCAAUACUCCGCAAAUACAAAAACAACAUUAUGGUGGUGAAGGAUGACAUCAACCAUCCCAUGUCUGUCGUCAGCUCAACUAAGAGCAGGCUGGCCCUGCAGCACGGGGACGGCCACGUGGUGGAUUACCUGUCCCAGCCGGUCAUCGACUACAUUCUCAAGAGCCAGCUGUACAUCAACACCUCGGGCUAGCAGCCCCCCGGCGCUCCGCUCCACUCUCCCCUCGUCCUCCGGCAACACACUGGCCCCUCCAGUCUCUGUCAGUCCCCCCGUUCUUCUCCUGCCUCUCUGUUUCUCCAUCUCCUCAUCUUGACUGUUCCCCCCACUUGCUGACUCAACCCUCCAGAGUGUGGGGGACCUGCAGUGAACCACCGCACACCCUACUCAGCGGUCAUCUUUGGACAGACUCUCCUCUCGUCUCCGGGUUGGGGGUGGGUGAGGGAAUAGGGGUGGUAGUGGCGGGUAGUGCAGUCCCUGGAGACGUGCUGGUGUCUGUCUCCCAGCAUGCUCUAGAGAGCGGCUCCGGUGCCCGUCCUCCCAGCAUGCUCUGGGGAGGCGGCUCUGGCUCUCGCCUUCCCAGCAUGCCCUUUACCACGAAGGGCUAUUUUGUUCUUUCUUUUCUUUCUUUUCCUUUCUUCUCUUGUUUUUUGUUUUGUUUUGUUUUGUUGUUCUUGUUGUUGUUGUUCACUCCUCAUAGAAUUUGGAUGAAAUCCGUGUCCGUGGUUCUUUAUGAUUGUAGUCUUGAUGCCUUCCUGUGGUGGUAACUUCCCUUUGGAUGGGACACCAUAGCCAGCCUCAGCGUGAGAGCCGCACCUGGUAAAGAAGGCCAAGCCACCUCCACCUUCCCGACACCCCCCACGUGCCCACUCAUGCCCCACACACCCCCAUACACAGCAGCUUCUGACUAGGCUCAGGACCGAGGCUUUCAGUUUCCAAAACCUGGGAGGCAGGUCUGGGAAUAGUAGGGUUUCUCAGAAGAAUUUGUGUCCAUUUCCUUAGUUUCAGAAGACCAUUGUCCUGAUGCUCUGCCCCUGUGAUCACACAGAGCCGGUCCAUCCCUAUAUCCAGGUGGCAUCUGUCCGGUUCCUCUUUUGGGCUGUGACUGAUGGCAGAGUGGGUUCCCUGCCAGCCCAGUGUUCCCAAGAAUCCUUCAGGUCACCACUAAGCCCUUGGAGGUCCUACCUAGCCACGUUCCUGCCUCUGAGAAGAAUCACCUAUUCAAGGCCAAAUCCUACUAAUGCAGGCAUUUCAAAAAUAAAAUAUGCUAGGAAUUCACUCAACCCUAGAGAUCUUUGCUAAUUGGAAUUAUUUCUUGCCUGUUUGGCUGGGAAAUUUUUCUGUCAUGAUGCAAGUCCAGGAUGACCAAGGAGAGAGAGGGAAUUGUUGCUCUGAAGGGAAUUGAUGGUUCUCCCCUUCUCUUCCUGCAGUGACCCAGGCGGUGCCCAAGGUCAGUUUCUUCUUGAGACGCAGUACCUCGGCCUUGUUUCUGGAGCUGGUCAUAUCUCCUGCAGAGCCCAGAACCACAGUCACUGCCUGAGGAAAUAUGUCUGACAGGGAAGUGGGUUCACAGCAGAGAUCAUGGGGGAGAGGGCAUUAAGAGCCACUAGAUGGUUUCAUCCUUUUUCUAAUUUCUUACCUUCCUCUGCUGCUCCUGCAAAACGUUCUGACAGACUGUUCUAGUUGUUCAGGUCUCGCUCAUGCCCUGUUUUGAGAGCCAAAAGGAAAUUAUCCUCUUGUGCUCUCUUUCAUCUAGUCCCUGGCUCUUGGGCUUUUGGUUGUCUUCAUGGAAUGAAGCAAUAGGAUGCUUUAAUCAAAAUCUAGUACCAGUUACGGCCCCGGAGGGGUGAGCUGAGACCUGACAUCAGGGACACCAUUCUUCAGUACCCAUUUCACGUCCGUGACAGUCUUCAUAGCCUCCAGGGAAAGGAACUGGAUGCAACAGAACAACAUGUUCAGGUAGCAUCCAGGAAGGUAUUAUUCCUUUUGGAUUUUGGAAAUAAUCUCCAGAGGAGGGAAUGAAGAACCUAUUCUUGGGUCUCAGUGUUUGGUUAAGGACCAUGGAAGCUAAAUGAAAAAAAAAAAAAAUAAUAAAACUUUCAGAGAUUAGUUGAUUCAACAUUCUCCUUUAAAAGAUGAGGGAGCAGAGAUCCGCUGGAUUAAAUGACUGGUCCAAGUUUAUAUAGCAAAUGUAGAGCCUGGCAAAAGGAUACUGUUUCCCUGACCCUUAGGACUUUGUACCACAUCUCUGUGGUAUCUCUGUCCCCCCAGUUCCCCAUGAUACUGACCAGGUAAUGUGUGGUUUCUACUCUUUUCAGCCUUUACCAGGCAUCUUUCUCUUAAAUCGUGUCUCACCCAGGUGCUCCUCUAUAUGGCAUAGCGUAUGCCAGUCUUGAGGGAUGAGGAACGAGGGAUGAGGGAUGUGAUGGGGAGGAAGGUUAUAGCUCAGAAAUCAAGAGAUCUCAGCAGUUUAGAGGAAAUCCCAAAAUAGUGACCCUCUGAAUCCAAGAAAAGAUGCUCUAUGGAAGCUAGGAAAGACCUCAAAUGCUCAAGAUGACACUGAAGAGAGAGAGAAAGAGAAGAGUCUUUGGGGCAAAACAGCCCUAAGCCAAGAAAAGAAAACAUUUUCAAGGAUGUGAAGUUUAUCUAUGGUUUAUUAUGAGGAUCUACAUGAGCAGAACAGAGAAACCAAACAUCUUUUGUCUGAUGCACCCCAUUAUUCUUAUGGGCUCUGUGGUCAGGCCUCCUUUAGUCCACAGCCCAUGAGAGGGAACCUGUGGGACUGACUGUGCAUGGCUGGUGUGGGGUGGGACGGUGCACAGGAAGAAAAAGAACAGGGGCAUUAGAGGAUGUCUGGAAUGAAAGGGGGCAGAUCUUACCUUGGUGGAUCACAGGGAUUGUAUUAAAAUAGCUUUCCUUAAAUCCAAGAAAAAGUGAAUUUCCUUUUGGGUAGAAUUAUCCAUUCCCCAAACUGUGCCAUUCGUCAUUUGCUAGGGGGAGGUCAGAAGCCCCCUCAGUCCAGGGCAGGACACUGUGGCUGUGAUCCUGCAAAGGAUAGCACCAGAAAGAUUCAGAGUCUGAAGUAGGGCCCCAGGUGCCAUGAGGAUGCCCUCUAGGCCCGGAUUUCCCCUUUGGGGUCCCCCUUCUUCCUCCAAAGGCCAACUCAAGGCUAGGAUGGCUCUGAGAUGGGGAGAAAGGCAUGGGCUGCAAUGAUCAUGUUAAGAGGGGUCAGGAGCCUCAUUUCCUGCCUACCAGUGAAAAACAUCUCUCCCGUUCUGCAGAAAGUGUCUGAUAUGGGUAAGAACAGGCAGGAGGGAAACCCUUUGUGCCGGUGACUCUCCUCAAGGAGUGGCCCUCUGGGGAGCUCUGUGCUGCUACCUGGUACCUCAUUCACCAACCCCUCCCCCAGGCAGUCUCUGGGUCCUUCUUGCUUUCAUUUUCCUUGAAUGUACAUAGGAACAGGGGAGGAAAGUCUCUUAUUGAAGUGCCUGAAACCCAGAGCUAGAGCUUCUAGAGACGCUCUUCUUCCCACCUCCCCGUGGCGAACCUUCCCCAGCAUUCUCUGGUCUCAUGCUUCAGCUUCUCAGAAAAAAUAGAAGAACUCGCUGUUCUAAUUAAGUAGAAAGUGAGACUCAGUCAUCAAACUGCAGCAAAAGGCAGAGAAUUAUAGGAAGACAUGACUGUAUUUUAACAACCCAAUCUCCUCUCCCAAACUGACAUAAACACACACUUUAGGGGACUAAGAGAGAGAAGCACGUUAUUAUAUUCCAUUCAUCAAAAGAGUGACGCAAAACUAAAUCCAUAGACUACGAAAAGCUCAGGAUCUCUCCCAAGGCUACUGCAGGAAGGCCGACAGGUGAGAUGGGGGAAGAUAGAAACAGGGACUGAUUUUGUAGCUCCUGCAAUUAGGACACCCGAGGAAUAGCACUGUGGUAAAGGAGCACACACUUUCGGUCAGAUUCAUCCAGUCUACACCUUCCUAGAGCUGCUGGGUGAAUGUAAUUCUUCACGGCCUUUCUUGGUUGUGUCAGUUUGGGGUAUCCUAUUCGCCUGUUCUGGGUACUUAGGAAUGAGCUACUCUCUUUCCCUUCAGUCUAGCCCAGGUCCAAAACUCAGUUUGAUCCAAACGGUCUCAUGGAUUAGCAUGG